UUCCCUAACCACCAAAGUCACUAAAGACAAAUGAUGGAGAGGUUACACAAGGAAAAACUGCAAACACUGAAAGUUAAUAUGUCCUUGUUUGCAUACUGGCAAAUGAGAAUUCAGGUUUCAUGUCAACUUCAGUGUGAAUAAUUCCAGCCUAUAACAAGAACAGACAGUGAGUGAAUGAGUUAAUUUAAGUUGUUUUGAAAAGAAGAAUGUUUUCCAUAAAGAGAGCAUUGAACUCAUCCAUUAGCAUGCUAUGGUGAUUUCUGGCUUGACACUGGUCACAACAAUUAAAAGUAAAAUGAAUGUCACAGCAGAUACACAAAUCAGGUGCAUAUAGAAUUUAAGGUCAGGAUAUUCAAGCAAUCACAACCUGUGAUGUUACACCAGCAUUUUAAAAAUUUCUUUCUGUCUGUUCAGACAUGAUAACUUUUCUGUCUAUCACUUUUUCCAUUCUAAUAAUGGUUAUAUUUUUUAUUGGAAAUUUUGCUAAUGGCUUCAUAGCAUUGGUAAAUUGCAUUGAGUGGGUCAAGAGACAAAAGAUCUCCCUUGCUGACCAAAUUCUCACUGCUCUGGCUGUCUUCAGAGUUGGUUUUCUCUGGGUAUUAUUAUUAAAUUGGUAUGCAACUGAGUUUAAUCUAGCUUUUUAUAGUGAAGAAGUAAGAAUCACUACUUAUAAUGUCUGGGUAGUGACCAACCAUUUCAGCAACUGGCUUUCUACUAGCCUUAGCAUGUUUUAUUUGCUCAGAAUUGCCACUUUCUCCAACCUGAUUUUUCUUCACUUAAAGAGGAGAGUUAAGAGUGUCAUUCUGGUGACACUGUGGGGGCCUUUGCUAUUUUUGGAUUGUCAUCUUUUUGUGAUGAACAUGAAUCAGAUUGUGUGGAGAAAAGAAUAUGAAGGAAACAUUACUUGGAGGAUGAAAUUGAGGAGUGCAAUGUACCUUUCAAAUGUGACUGUAGGCAUGCUAGCAAACCUUAUACCCCUCACUCUGACCCUGAUGUCUUUUCUGCUGUUAAUCUGUUCUCUGUGUAAACAUCUGAAGAAGAUGCAGGUCUAUGGCAAACGAUCUCAAGAUCCCAGCACCAAGGUCCACAUAAAAGCUUUGCAAACUGUGACCUCCUUUCUCCUGUUAUGUGCCAUUUACUUUCUGUCCGUGAUCCUAUCAGUUUGGAAUUUUGGGCUGGAAAGGAAACCUUUCUUCAUGUUCUACCAAGCUAUCCUAUUCAGCUAUCCUUCAACCCACCCAUUCAUCCUGAUUUGGGGAAACAAGAAGCUAAAGCAGAUUUUUCUUUCAGUUUUAUGGAACGUGAGGUACUGGGUGAAAGGACAGAAGCCUUCAUCUCCAUAGAUUCACGAGAGGGGCAUUUUGUGUUUUCUAGCAGAAAACAAACUGGUGGUGUAUGAAACAUUUUCUAUUUCUUACUGGGUUUUCUGUAAUGUAUGUGUAUGUGAAUAAUUUCAAAAUGUAUACCUAGAAAAGUCUUUUACUUAAAGUUAGUCUAGAAAAGUAUAUAUGUGUGUGUAUGUAUUUAUGUGUGUAUGAAAAACUGAAGAACAUUGACAAUACCAUGCUUUUUAUUGUUUUUUCACAAAAACUACCAAACUAUAGAAAAUAAUUCCUUACAAUUAUGAAGCCAUGUUUAUUUUAUAUAUGUAUUUUGUAUUUCAUUUGAAGAAUUUAUGUCUAUUUAUAAUUAUUAAGAACUAAUGGCUUAUCUCAGGAAAAUAUUGCUUUUUUCUUUUGUUAUUUGAACCACACAAAUGUACCACAGUUGCUUAGAAUUCGUUGUUUUAACCUACAACUUUCUGGAUAAUAAGGUCGUUCAAUUCUAAAUCAAUAAUGAGGAUGUAUCUUCAGG